AUGCCGGCGGCGAGGCAGCAGCAGCCGCAACGGCAGCCCGCGUGCGCGGCCUGCAAGCACCAGCGGCGGCGGUGCACGGCGGAGUGCCCGCUGGCGCGCUACUUCCCGCACGACCGCCCGGGCCUCUUCCGCAGCGUGCACCGCCUCUUCGGCGUCAGCAACAUCCUCAAGACGCUCCGCCGCGCUGGCCCCGACCGCGCCCGCCGCGACGACGCCAUGCGCGGCCUCGCCUACGAGGCCGCCGCCUGGGACGCCAACCCGGCCGGCGGCUGCCUCCCCGCCAUCGUCGCUCUCGAGAGCCAGCUCCGCCAGGAGUACGGCAUCCUCCGCCGCCUCCAAGCCCAGAUCCACCACUACCGCCGCCGCCUCGAGUCUUCCCCUCCCCUCUCCCUGCCGCCGCCCACCGCAGAUGUACCUCCGGCGCCGACCGAGUGUAGCAACAUGCACUACUUGGACGAGCACAAAUACGUACCAGCAUCGUCAGGAUUAUACGGUAAUGACAACAGUGACGACGGCGUCGUUGCUGCACCGUCCCUGCCGUGGAAGAUGCAGCCGCAGUACUACGAGGGCGCCAUUGCCAACAUGGGUGGCGCCGUCUCGCAAGAAGAAAACCAGUAUCAGUUGUUGCUCGAUCACACUGCUACCGCUGGCGGCCAUCAGCACGAGUAUGACGAGAUCUCGCCCUUCUUGGAACUGGAAGGCAUCCACGCCGACGACCGCCACGUCCGCACGCCACCGGAUGAAUCCAACAGGUUGGUUCAAAUCAACACUGAUCUGAUAAUCAUUUUGUCUUCUCCCCCUUGA